GAGCACGCUUCGGUCACGUGACUCCUCUGUGUAUUUUGACGUGUAGCAGAGCAUGUAACCAGGAAGCGCCUGCCCAGAAUUCAACAUGUUAACAGGAGAUGCCAACGAUGAAGACGUGUCUCUGUUUGAUGCCGAAGAGGAUGCAGGAAAACCAUCAAAGAGGAGCGUUAAGCAUCCCGUGGCGUCCUUCUUCCACCUCUUCUUCAGAGUCAGCGCUACCUUGGUCUACCUCCUCUGUGACCUCCUCAGCGCCAGUUUCAUCGCCUCCAUGGUCUCGAUCAUCCUCCUGCUCUCCUGCGACUUCUGGACUGUAAAGAACGUCACGGGGAGGUUGAUGGUCGGCCUGCGGUGGUGGAACCAGGUGGACGACGACGGUCAGAGCCGCUGGGUGUUCGAGUCGAGGAAGGGAUCUGGGAAGCAGCAGGCGUCUGAUUCCGAGUCGCGGAUCUUCUGGCUCGGCCUGAUUAUUUGCCCCGUCAUCUGGGUCGUCUUUGCCUUCAGCGUACUGUUCUCGGUCAAGAUCAAAUGGAUGCCUUUAGUGAUCAUGGGCGUGGUGCUGCAGGGAGCCAACCUGUACGGAUACGUUCGAUGUAAAGUCGGGGGAAAGACCAACCUGAAGAACAUGGCCACCAACUAUUUUGGCCGACAGUUCCUCAAACAGGCUCUGUCUAAAGAAGAGGAAUCGUAGAGUCACGCUGCCGCGUUGUUGAAGCUUUCACACCAGCUGGACUCUCUUCAACCUCAACACGGACGAAAACAACAGUUUUGGUUUUUAGGUAGAAGCUUGGUGUUUUUACAUAAACUGAAGCUGAGCAAUAAAAACACUUCAGCUGGAACAGUUAAACAUGAAACUUCAGAAUGACUAGUUUUAUGUUUCGGCCUCACAAACCCAACUUUUUUUAUUUGAUCUAACUUUAUGUAACAUUAAAACAUUUUGCAGAAGGUUUGUAUGAACAGUUUUUGUUUCCACAACAGAUGACGUAAUCGAUUGAGUGUAAAUAUGUAAGUAAACAAAUUAUGUGAACCAGCUUCUGUUGUGCAGAUUUAUUUGUAAAUAUUUUUCAAGCAUUAAAAAAGUCUUUAUUAUUUACCCUUAAAUAUAGAUGCAAGAAAAUACA